AUGGCAAACACAGGGAAGUGCCCUGGUUAUGAACCCCAGCCGGAAAAAGAUCACAAAGAUGACUAUAAUGACCCUGGGAAAGCUGAAAAAGCUAAAGGUGUCAUCAAUACUGCCCAUAUCCUACAUUUUACCUUCCCUGAAUUGCCCGACAAAGGUGGUUUUCCGACUGUACUCAACUUAAUUGGGGGAAUCAUGCCAUCCCCGGAAGGACAUGACGUCCUGUAUGCCCACGGUUACGUCCCAAAAGAGAUCUUGCUGCGUUUUGGUGAGCCUCCAGUGCAUCAUCUGAAGGUAACAGUUACAGCCAGCAAAGUGUACAGUUAUUACUUUGGCUAUUCACCUUUCAGCCACGGUAUUACUUUCCGAUCCGCUGUAAUCAAUGGAAGCGCAACUUUGCUUCGUUACUCUCCAGAUACUCCGCAGUGUAAGGCGGAGAUUAGUGACAAGGAGAUCACUUCGAAAGAUGAGUUGCCGUGGGCACUGUUCAAUAUUGUUGAGGGAAUGUUUGGUAGUGAACACAGAUGGAAUGAUACUCGACAUCCCUUUAAGGACGAAGAGCUCAAGCGUGUUCCCGUUCUCCGAGUUGAAAUUGACAAGAGUGCAUCUCGCCUGCAUGAGCGCUUGGGGGUCCUAGGUUACGAACCUGAUUGGGAAACAAGCAGUGGAGAAAAGUAUUGGGAAGGUUCGAUUCCUAUCUGGGAAACGUAUGGAGAUCAUAUUCAAGGGAACACCAAACGAGACUUUCCAGAGUACCUGAGCAAGGUUUUCAUUGAUAGAAAGAAACAUAAUGAGGAGGUGGCAGUGGAGGAAGCAAAGAGGAAGUCGAAAGUUCAAGGAUGA